AUGGGUAUAGGGGAUGAUGAGUUGAACAGGCACGCAGCUUUGUUUAUGAAUGCUUUGGACCAUGCAUUUAUGCUCGCUGAACAGAAUGUGACCAGGCGAGACAAGAACCCAUUGUUCUGGAGCCUGAGGGAUGCGUUCAUCACGAGAGACAUCAAAGGAUUGACAAAGGAGCUUCAAUAUUCUUUCCAAUCCUUCCUGGUAAGGCAAAAGUUUUCCAAAGAGUUGGAGGAUAACCAGAAACGCCUGCUUGAUCUUCGGUUUCCUCACGAAUGGUUUCCCGCCACACGGAUGAUGCAACGCACCAUUCAUGUUCACGUUGGGCCGACCAAUUCUGGAAAGACAUACAAUGCACUCAAAGCGCUUGAAAAUUCCAAGCGAGGCGUCUAUGCCGGACCACUACGACUCUUAGCGACAGAGGUGUAUCAACGACUCCAAGCCAAGGGUCGCCCUUGCGCCUUAAUCACUGGCGAGGAGGUGCGGAUACCCGAAGAUACUGACCAGUAUUUUUCAAGCUGUACAGUGGAAAUGGUCCCAUUGAACAUGCAGUUCGAUGUGGCUGUUAUUGAUGAGAUCCAAAUGAUUGCUGAUCCUGAGCGUGGUGGUGCGUGGACGACUGCAUUACUGGGUGUUCAAGCUAAGGAGGUACAUUUGUGUGGGGAGGACCGAACCGUUCGCCUUUUGGAAGCUCUUUGUGCCAGCAUUGGCGACAAGUGCAUAGUUCAUCGCUAUGAACGGCUUAGUCCACUGAAGAUGAUGAAUUCUGCCAUUCAGGGUGAUUACAACAAGUUGCAGAAGGGCGAUGCCAUUGUUGCCUUCAGCCGCCUGUCCCUUCAUGUGUUGAAACGAAAUAUUGAGACGCAUACUGGCCGAAGAUGCGCGAUUAUCUACGGAUCUUUGCCGCCUGAAGUUCGAGUACAACAAGCGGCUCUCUUCAAUGACCCCAACAAUGACUACGAUUUUGUUGUCGCCAGUGACGCCAUUGGCAUGGGUCUGAACUUGGAGAUUCGGCGAGUGGUGCUUGAAUCAAUUACAAAGUUUGAUGGCAACCAGAACAGGCUGCUCUCAUAUCCGGAAAUCAAGCAAAUAGGUGGGCGUGCAGGCCGAUAUCGAACAGCGCAAAGCGCAGCAGUAGGCGAUGCCGAGGAAACGGAAAAGGAGAAAGUUGGCCUGGUUACAACAAUGGACCGAGCAGAUCUAAGGAAUGUUGCACAAGCAUUUCAGAGAUCAGUUCCCGACAUUGACUAUGCCACGAUCCAGCCACCAGCAGGUCUUGUCGAGCGAUUUGCGUCAUAUUUUCCGCCCGACACGCCCUUAUCUUUUAUCCUGAUGCGAAUCAAGGCUGCAGCGACUGUGGGAUCGAAAUAUCGACUCAAUAUCAGUAGUGACGCCCUUGAGAUAGCCGAUAUUAUCCAGGACCUCCCACUCACGAUAUAUGACCGUCUUACAUUUUGCUAUUUGCCUGUAACACUGCGAGCAGAAGGCGCUGUCAAUAUUCUUCGUGCCCUUGCACGUGUUUUGGCUACCAAUUCCACUGGGGAUCUACUAGACAUUAAGGAAAUACCCUUGGAGUUUCUAGAUGUCAAGAUGGAAGAUUACCCGGGCGGCUCGCAGCAGUAUCUGGCCAAGCUUGAAGCCCUCCACGUUGCGAUCAACCAAUAUGUUUGGCUUUCUUAUCGAUACGCCGGCAUGUUCAGAAGUCAAGACCUGGCGUUUCAUGUGCGGCAAUUGGUUGAGGAGAAGCUCAUUUCUACACUUGAGCGCCUUGAUUUCACGGAAGAGCAACUCGAGAAUCGACGAAAGAGCAAGCGACUGCAAGCUCAGUCUCGCGAUAUCAGCAGAAAGGCCAUUGGUGAAGACGGCGCUGAUGAGUUGAAGCAAGAGCGAGGGCGAGAGCAUGAGGAUGAUCUCGUUUUGGAUAUACCAAUGCGUGGCAAAACUCAGAGGACGAGGUUUCGGCAACAAGAUACGGCUUGA